AUGUUAGUUUACAUCAUCAGACACAACCUCAAACUGACUGUUGUGUCGUGUAUCAUAACAGAUGUCAGUACGAGCCUGGCGUCUGUACAACAGGAGAUUGUGGAUGUUCACAACGCCUUUAGAAGAGCCGUGGAGCCGACGGCCAGCAACAUGCUAAAAAUGAGCUGGAGUGACACAGCAGCUCAGUCGGCCGAGGGCUGGAUCAGUCAGUGUAACAUGACACACGGACCCCCAAGCUCCCGCACGAUUGAUGGAUACGAGUUGGGUGAAAAUCUCUUCAAGGCCUCUGCGGUUUAUCAGUGGAGCGAUGCGGUGUCUGCUUGGCACAGUGAAGUCAAGAAUUAUGAAUAUCCUAUUGGAUCCACCAACGGCGAAUCGAUCGGACAUUACACACAGGUGGUGUGGUACAGCUCUUAUGAAGUCGGCUGUGCCGUGGCUCAGUGCGGAAGCUAUUACUUCUAUGGAUGCCAUUAUUUCCGCGCAGGAAAUUUUAAAGGAGUACCACCAUACUCACUGGGAGCCCCGUGUGCCGCCUGCCCCAACAACUGCGAAGACAACCUCUGCACUAAUCCUUGUCCGUAUAUCAACCAAUACAUCAAUUGUGACGCAUUGAAAGAAGAGGCCACUUGUGACAACUACUAUGUGAAUAAAUGGUGUCCUGCUAGCUGUCAGUGUGAAAGUAAAAUCAUCCCUAUUGCACGUAAAUAAAUUCUUUAGGUCUUCCAUUAAGGGCUGCCAAAUCUGAUCAUUUGCCUUUAGCGUUUCCGUCUUACUGUGAAAUUUCUUAUUCUUUAAUCAUUUUUUGUGACAAUUCAGCACAUACAUCUUGUAAUUUUUCUA